AUGAGCGUCCGGCUUCUUCUGCUGGCGCUGUUCACAAUCGCCAAGGUGACCGUCAUCCACGGUGCACCGAUUUGCCAACACCUGCUUGCCAAUGGUAGCCAGCACGUUGCCGGCUCUAACGCGAUCGUUUCUAGUGUUGCGCGGCUGGUGCAGAUACCGCAGCGGAGUUCCAGAGAAGCGGAAGGCGGCGUCCGUCUCUUCAGGCAACGUCGUCAGAGCAAGCUGCUAUGCCUGGGCAACGCCGUGGUCACCACACUGGUCAGCACGCUGCUCGAGAGGAACCGCGAACGCAUCAAGGAAAACGAGCCCAUCUACAUCGGUGGCACGCAGAACCUGGGCCUCAUCGUCCUCAAGAACGGCAGGGGAGUGAACGUGCACACGGCGUUCUUCAAUGGCGAAAUUGAAGUGGACUGCACCACAGAUCCGGAAUGGAUCUCGAUCACGUUUCCCGUGGGCAUCCGUAACCCGGACGUAGUGUUCGACUACGAACUGCCAGGAGGCCUUCUCUCUGGAGAGCUGAAGGCGCGCUUCGAGCUCUUCGGUGCCAACGUGGUCCUCCGGUUACCAAAGGACAGGAGUGGGGGCCUCAAACCGUACAUCGCCGACGUGAACUUCUGGUCAACGCAAGGUUUCAAGAUGGAGAUCACUGGAAUGGGGCCCGUGUCGUCGGCGCUGACUACCGGCCUGACACUGGUGUACCAGCUGCUGCCCAUGCCGCUUAUGGAGUUCUUCAGGGUCCUCAUGAUGCGCGUCAUGCAGCAGUUCCUCGAGACUGCACCGCUGCCUUUCUGAGCGAGCUUGGUGGCGUGGCACGCGCGCCUUAUCUGGACACCAGAUUAAUAAGGCUACUGGUGAAGUCUUGCUAAGGGUUUAGCUAGUUGGUACUGGCCACAUAAGUGCCUGCAUGAACCAAAUGAGGU